AUGUCGAGAGUUGACUCUCAGUGGAAGCGUAUCAGAUCCUGGUCCCUGGGUGCCCGGGGCGCCGCGCACCCUCCGCGGCAGCUGCGCGGAUGCCGCGCAGCCCUGCACCCCUACAAAAGCAUUUCCCAGUUCCAACAUGACAAACGUCAAGAAUGGUCUCUGACACUCCUGCGGGCGUCUUGCCUCGCGCUCCCUCCCUCGGUGCCAAGACACACAAACACGCCGACCCACUCAUCUCUUUCCAUCCCAGGUGCCAAAACUUCUCCCAGCAGGUGCAGCCCGGCGCCCGGCAGGUCCGGGCGGGCCCGGCGCCCCCUCGCUCACCUUAUCCAGGCAGUUGACUUUCUCUGUGGGAUACACGACUUUUCCACAGCGGGCACACUGGGGGUUCAUUGUCGCGGUUCCCGCGGGCGGCGGCUGCUGCGGCGGCUGUGGCUGGGGGCUCCGAGGAGCCGUGUGACAUCCCCCAGCAAGCCCUACGCCGCCUCCGGGCAAGCGGUAGGGCGCCGAGCGCCGGGAUCGGGGGCGGGCGCGGGCCAGGAGGCGAGCCGGCGGCAGGGGCUAGGGUGCGUGCGCGGCGGGGCCUGGCGCCGGGACCGGCCGCGCUUUCCGGUGCUCGGGUGCUUGAGCUCGGCUCCCGCUGGGGUUCCGCGCCGCUGGCUCUGCGUCGUUCGCAGUCCAGCAGGCGCACCUCCACUCCCAGGCACCCCCAGGAUGCAGGGAGCCCGGGGCCAGGAUGCGCCAGCGCUUCUCCUCCAGCUCAGGGGAACAACGCCCCAGGCAGCGCCCAGUUCCCGGGCAGAGGUUGCCCCGGCCACCCGCAGGGAUGUGCCGGGGAGCGGGAAAACCAGCCAGGAACCCGGAGAUCCGAGUCCCGGUGACGCCGGUGUAGUGCCGCGCUAGCUGCCACUGGCCCCUUCCGAGUGGACGGGUCCUCGCCUGCCUGGGUGAAGACCUUGGACCCUGGGUGGGGAAG